AUGGCGCCUAUUCGUCGCUAUCUGCGCAUCACCAAAUACUCCGUGUUGGAAUGUCGAAUCUACCUUGAUAAUCCAUCAGACAGUCGCUGGCUUCUGAACGCUCAAGAUCCGGUUCUCCCACGCGUGUUCGAGGUAAUUCGCCCGCUGGUACUACCGAAGCUACGGGAAGAAAACGAGCGACGCUGGUUCCGAAAGAAGGGCAAGGCAACCAAGGAUGUUAUCGCUGAGGAUGACUUCGAAGUCGGCAUUUUCCUCCGCGAAACACGCAGUCGCCAUUCGGUCCUAACGCGGCAGAAAACCUUCAAUCAACCAGGCAAAAAGGAAGAUACAGAAGACUCAAAGGAGCUACAGGGCGAUCCGUUUGAAUCUGCAGGUGGAGAAAUCAUAAUUCAAAGCGACAGCGAUCAAGAAGUCGACUUACACAACAUUCCCGAAGCGACCGAGGGCGAAGCUACAUCGGACAACAAUAAAACAACCCGAAGGAGAAAAGGAAAAGCACCUGCAGAUGAAACAUCCAACGAAGACACGGGAGAUGAGAAAAAGCUUGGAUUCAGCACCCACUAUGAAAGCUUCAGUAUCUCAGGAUGGGUGCUAUGCCUACUCAUCUCACGCAAGGACGGGCGACCAAAGGCGACCGUUACGCCAGCUGAGGCAAAGCAACCCCUGAUGGAGCAAUGGAUCUCAACACAAGCCCAAGCCGGCGAGGACUAA